AUGACUUGCGCUGGCUUUCUCGGUGGUUAUGAGAAGAAACAUAAAGUCACCGUCGUGGGAUCGGGAAACUGGGGCUCUACCAUUGCCAAAAUCGUUGCCGAAAACACGAAGCAGCAUCAUCAUGUCUUUGAAGAGCAGGUUCAGAUGUGGGUUUAUGAGGAAGACGUGGUGAUUGGGGCUGGCUCCAAGCACUUUGACGCCUCCGUUGGCGACAAACCUCAGAAACUCACGGCCAUAAUCAACAACCAUCAUGAAAACGUCAAGUAUUUGCCUGGCAUCACCCUUCCCUCAAACAUCAUCGCCAACCCCUCCCUGGUCGAUGCUGUCAAGGACUCCUCCAUACUCAUCUUCAACCUACCGCAUCAAUUUAUUGCCAACGUUUGUAAACAGAUCCGCGGCCACAUUCUGCCAUUCGCACGUGGCAUCAGCUGCAUCAAGGGUGUCAACGUCACCGAUGACGAUGUCAGCCUAUUCAGCGAGUGGAUUGGCGAUGGCUUGAACAUCUACUGCGGUGCCUUGAGCGGGGCCAACAUUGCCAGCGAAAUUGCCGCUGAAAAGUGGUCAGAAACCACAAUCGCCUACGAUCCCCCUCGAAUGGAUAACAGCAGGAACCCGUCGCCGCGCUCUGGUAGCCCGGCCCCCAACCCUGGUAUUACAGUCACCGACCUGCAGGACGUGUCUCACAGGGACUGUAGGGGCCGAGCAUCCAAGACCAAGCUCACGGCUCUGCCCGCAGAAUACCCUCCAUUGGACCACGACUGCUUCAGCGCCUUGUUCCACCGACCGUAUUUUCACGUUCAGAUGGUUUCAGAUGUGGCAGGAGUCUCCCUUGGCGGUGCCCUGAAGAACAUUGUGGCUCUGGCCGCCGGGUUUGUGGAUGGCCGGGGUUGGGGUGACAAUGCCAAAGCUGCCAUCAUGCGCAUUGGCCUCAUGGAAAUGGUCAAGUUUGGGAAAGAAUUCUUUGGCGAGACGGUCCAGAGCCAAACCUUUACCGAAACCUCUGCUGGCGUUGCUGACUUGAUCACAUCCUCGUCUGGAGGACGAAACUUUCGCUGCGCUAAAAAGGCUGUUGAGCAAGGCAUCGCAGUUGAAGAGGUGGAGCGGAAAGACUUGAAUGGGCAGAAGUUGCAAGGAACAACCACGGCUUUUGAAGUCAACAGCUUUCUGAAGGCGCGCGGUUUGGAGAAGGAGUAUCCCCUGUUUACCGCGGUCAACGACAUCUUACUCGGCAAGAAAGACGUCAAUGACAUUCCCAGUUUGGUGGCAACAGCUACGGAUGGCGCAUGA